GUUUUCAACGUAAAGGACUUUCUAUUUGCUUGCUUUCUUCACAUCUCCAUCUCUUCUCAAUCUAAUAAAUAAGCACAACGAGAUGUAUAAGUUGAGCGACUUGAAGCACCUGUUUGUUACAGUAUUUCUUGCAAACUUUGCGUUAAACGUGGUCCCUCCUGCCAUAACUGAUAUCACAGUGGGCGCACUCUGCCCUGCUCAAGACGAGUGCUCACUUGCCAUUUAUUUUUCCGGUUUCCAGCAGGCUAUCUUAGGGCUGGGAUCGAUGAUGAUGUUACCAUUGCUUGGACAUUUAUCCGAUGUAUACGGAAGGAAAGCUUUGCUCACAGUCCCCGUGGCUGCCUCCAUUAUUCCAUCAGUAAUAUUGGCAAUUGGAAGGUCAACAAACUAUUUCUAUGCGUACUAUGCGGUAAAAACCUUCACUGGCAUGGUCAGUGACAGUGGAAUUGAGUGCCUCUCCAUUGCUUAUGCGGCAGCUAAUAUUUCAGAAGAAAAACGUGUUUCUGCUAUUGGAAUUGUUGCUGGCAUAGGCUCUGCUGCAUCUCUCUUUGGUACCAUGGCUGCUCGUUUCCUCUCCACUGCUCACAUCUUUCUGGUAGCAGCCAUUUCUUCAACGGUUGCAGCAAUAUACAUGAGAAUAUUUUUAAAGGAGACGGGUGGCCGUAUUAAAAGUGAUCCUCUAAAUCAACCCAUAUUGGUCGAUGAUGGUGAAGAAUGUUCUGAUUCUGGUGGGAACUCAUCAAAGAGAGUAACAGAGAGCUUUAAGAAAGUCCUACAACUCAAGGAUAUUUUUUGCUUGCUCAAGAGUAGCGUAACACUUUCACUAGCAACAGUCAUUGGUUUCUUGAAUGGUCUAGGGGAAGGUGGACAACAAACUCCAUUUUUGUACUUCUUGAAGGCUCGACUUCACUACAACAAAGACAACUUUGCUAUUGUAAUGCUUAUUGGCUACAGUGCAGCAGCGAUUGGCCAGUUAUUCUUGAUGCCUCGGUUGGCCCCUAUUAUGGGAGAGGAGGCAAUUCUCUCUUUAUCCCUCAUCGCGCAAUUUAUAAAUAUGCUAAUUGAUAGCAUUGCAUGGGCAGUCUGGGUUCCUUAUGUUGCUAAUUUGUUGCCUAUCAUUGCCUUCCUAACAAGACCUGCUUUACAAAGCAUUGUUUCAAAACAAGUUGGGCCAAAUGAACAGGGACUUGCUCAAGGAUGCAUCGCAGGAAUAAGCUCAUUUGCCAAUAUUCUUUCUCCAUUAAUAUAUACUCCUCUAACAGAUCUAUUUUUAUCCAAUAGGGCUCCAUUCAAUUAUCCUGGAUUCAACUUGUUCUGCGUUGGCCUUGCUUGGUUGAUAGCUUUAAUACCUAGUAUGAUAAUACAGUUUGGUCUCCAUAAUUCAAGACACAGAAUCAGAGACGGUGGCUGCAGCUUGGAUGCUUAAAUUUUAAGGUUCAAAGUUCUUUUUAUCUUUCAACUGGUUAAAAAAAUUAUGUAUCCGGUAGAAAGCUUUCCAUUCACUUAAAUCUCUCAAAAAUGAGAAAUUGUCUCGUCAAAUGACAUGAGAUUAACGUGUAGUACGUGCAAUUUAAGGCUUAUCUCAAAGGAAAGGUCAUCACUCAA